AUGGUUUCUUCAAGGACAUCCGUAUCGGCGACCCUUAAACAAGAUGGGUUAACUUUAUGUCAGGCCAUCCAGCGGCCGGCGGUCUUGGCUGCUGCUGCAUUGAGAGUCAUGCAUGGCGGCUUAUACUGGUCGUCUUUGACAACUCGGCUAGGCCUCGGCCUAUGGGCCGACAAUAAUCAAUUCAAGGACAUGGCAAAUUGCCUCAGACAAUGGGCGUCAUCGUUUACAGUUCUCGCCGUCAUGUGCAAUCGUCGUUCACCCCUGCACAGAGACUCUCAAUCCCUUGCUGAAUGGUUUGAUAUAUUAACCAGUGUCGGCUAUUAUGGACCGGCGCGAAUGAAAUUGCCAAAUAUUGGCAUUGAAAUUGCCUACAAUUCAGGUGUUAUGAUAGGUACUUCGGGUAGAAUUGUUAGGCAUGGUGUAGACCGGGUGAACGGCGAUAGAGUUAGCUGGGUGUGGUACAUGAGGGAUGAUGUUCAUAAAUUUGUUGAUGUUCCCCGAGGUGACUAUUCCAAGUACAAGUCAAUCAUUGCCGAUGCAUUCUAUUGCAGCUAG